AUGCGACAAGAGGCAUCUAACGGAUAUUAUUCGGUCACAGCGCAUAACGAGAACAGGGCCCGGCCCAUUGCAUCGAGUUCUCAGUAUGGCGGAUGCGCGGCGACAAUCCUGAACUCUGUCGCCCACCAAGCAAAGUCCUUUGGCCGUGAUCCUACUAAACUUGGCAGGUGGGCAGACGUCCGCAUUCAAGGCCGGCAACGUGAACCAAGGGAAGCAUUUGUGGUUGAUCUUCUUCGAGCGAUUACUAAGUGGCGUGAUGGAGGAUGUGAAGUCAUCUUAGGAGUGGAUGCAAACGAGGAUGUCUCUUCCUUGAAAACCUCCUCCUUCCGUCACCGUCUUCGUGAAGUGGGGAUGGAAGAAGCAAUCCUUCAACAACAGGCUGGCCGAACUGCGGCCACUCAGCAACGGAAUCGUAAGGGCAAACCUAUUGAUGGCAUUUUUACGACCACGGGGGUUGUUGUUAAAGCAGGCGGGUACUAUAAUUUUGACAAAUUCUUCCUGUGUGAUCACUGGGGCCUCUGGAUCGAUAUUGACCUGGAGUGCUCGCUGGGGGUACACCGGCCACAGAAGACCCCGUAUCAACCUCGCAAACUUACCAUGUCGGAUACUACGGCAGUACGUCGGUACCUUCAUUUGGUUCAUCAGGGCUACAAUACAUACUCUAUCUCCUCACGUCUGGAGCACCUUCAUGAACAGUUGAAACUAAAUGAAGGAAAGAUGACAGCGAAGAUGGGCCGAAGUUAUAAGUGCCUGCAUCAACAGAUGUAUGAUAUCCGCAGGAAGGCUGAGGCAAAGUGGGGACGGCCUUACGCCAGGAUCUUGACUGCAUAG